AUGGUGCAGGCUCGAAGGACGAAAAUCACGUCAGUGAAAGCGGGUGAGACCCAGAUAGGCUGGUUCGUAUCUGUCACAUCCUUCCUACCUUUGAUUCUCCUCCAAUUGAAGUUUCUAGCUCAUCGUGACAGCGGCUCAACAGAGAUUCAAUCAUCUGUUGCUGAGAAAGAGGCCAAGUGCUAUGGGAAAGCAGGUGCUGUUGCUGAAGAGGUCUUGUCAUCGAUUCGCACUGUUAUUUCCUUUGGAGGACAAAACAAAGAAGUUGAAAGAUACGAGAAAAACCUGUUUGCCGCCCAGAAGAUGGGAGUGAGACGAGGAAUGGUUGUAGGACUUGGAGGGGGUGUUGCAUGGUUCAUGAUCUUUGCCUCGUAUUCCCUUGCCUUUUGGUAUGGACCCAAGCUAAUCUUGGAAUCCAGGCCAGAAUUGGGUGGAAAUGGAGAUUACGAUGCUGGGGUCCUUAUCAUAGUGUUCUUCAGCGUGCUGAUGGGUGCCAUGAAUGUGGGUCAGGCGAGUCCAUACAUUGAAGCAUUUGCUGUUGCAAAAGGAGUGGCAGGAACCCUUUAUGAGAUCAUCGACCGGAUUCCACCUAUUGACAGCAGUUCCCAUCAUGGGAGGAAGCCCGAUACCCUUCAGGGCCGUGUUCAAUUCAAGGAUGUUGUCUUCAACUACCCAUCACGGCCUGAUGUCAAGAUUCUUCAAGGCCUGAACAUGAGCAUAGAACCCGGGAUGAGAGUGGCACUUGUUGGGAGCUCUGGCUGUGGGAAGUCCACCUGCAUUCAGCUUCUGCAGCGGUUUUAUGAUAUAUUGUCUGGAGAAGUUUAUAUAGACGAUCACAAGGUACGAGACCUGAAUGUGGGCUGGCUAAGAGAUCGCAUUGGUAUUGUGGGUCAGGAACCCGUUCUCUUCUCUACGACCAUUGCGGAAAACAUUGCCUAUGGCCGGGAUGGAGUCACACAAGCAGAGAUUGAGGAAGCUGCCAAAGCUGCCAAUGCUCACAACUUUAUCAUGAAGCUUCCAAAGGUGAAAUAUAAGACAAUGGUUGGAGAGCGUGGAGCUCAGAUGAGUGGAGGACAGAAGCAACGAAUUGCCAUCGCUCGGGCCCUUGUCCGCAAUCCCAGGAUACUUCUCCUUGAUGAAGCCACAUCUGCUUUGGACACGGAAUCAGAGGCCGUCGUUCAGAGGGCUCUAGAUGCCGCUGGCAGAGGAAGGACAACUCUCAUUGUGGCUCAUCGUCUGUCCACCAUCCGAUCGGCUGACAGAAUCUUUGUGUUUGACAAAGGAGUGAUAGUUGAGGAGGGAGUGCAUGACUCCUUGAUGGAUGAAAAGGGUCUCUAUUAUCAACUUGUGACUGCACAAACUGGAGAUAACGAUAGUCGUGAUGAAGAGAGCAUUGAUGACUCUGAAUCCAUAUCUAAGAAUGGUUCCCCUCCAAAUUAUGAACAGGCAGUGAGGUCCCACGAAAAGGAUGGACCCCGGUUGGAUGAGAGUCUUUCCAAAAUCACAGCAAUGUCGCUCACAAAGAAGCCACAUCUCAGGGAUAGCUUCAGGGAAAAGCAUCGGGAGAGACUGGAGAGUACACGUUCCGAGGUUGAAGAUCACGAGGAAGAUAAGAAGUUGCAGAUUUCUGUAUGGCGAAUCAUGAAGAUGAAUUCUCCCGAAUGGCCAUACAUUCUCGUAGGAGUCAUCUCUGCAGCUGCCAUGGGGGCUUCCAUGCCAGUUUAUGCCAUUCUCUUUGGUGAUGUUCUUGGGACCCUUUCAAUAGCAGAGCCUGAUGAGGCUAGAGCAGAAGGCAAUUACUAUGCUGUGUUGUUCUUGGGUGUGGGUGUGGCAUCAGGAAUUGCCCAAUUUUUCAUGGCUUACAUGUUUGCAAUAGCAGGAGAGAAACUGACACAUAGGAUGCGGAAGGUCACCUUUGCUGCCAUGAUGAAGCAGGAGAUGGCCUGGUAUGAUGAUGUUAGGCACAGUACUGGAGCCCUUUGUGCCAGACUUUCCUCUGAUGCCUCCAGCAUGCAAGGCGCAACUGGAUCUCGUAUGGGAACUGUUACACAGAGUGUCACAACCAUAAUCAUGGCCAUAGCAUUGUCACUCUACUACUCCUGGAAGCUUGGUCUUGUCACCAUGGUUUUUGUGCCUUUCCUUGUCAUAUGUGCCUUUUUUGAGGCCAGGAUCAUUCAUGGACAGAACAUACUUGCCAAGAAAUCAUUGGAAAAUGCCAGCAAGGUGGCUGUGGAGGCAAUUUCAAACAUUCGCACCGUGGCAGGACUGCGCCGUGAAGUCACCUUUCAUGACAUGUUCAUGGAGCGCAUGAUAAAACCUCACCGCCAGGCUCAAAGACGUUCUCACAUGCGUGGCAUGAUCUUUGGGAUGGCCCAGUCGAUUCCAUUCUUUGCAUAUGCAGCCUGCAUGUUCUAUGGUGGUUAUCUCAUCAGAACGGAGGGUCUGGGAUAUGAUGAUGUCUUUAAAGUUGCUGAGGGAUUGAUCCUUGGAACUAUGAUGGUUGGCCAGGCCAUGGCUUUUGCACCAAAUUAUAAUCAGGCCCUUAUCUCCUCAGCACGCAUCUUCCAGCUAUUGGAUCGAGUCCCUGAUAUAGAUUCUACCUCUAAGGCAGGAAAGACAAUGGCAAGGGCAAAGGGAGAUAUCAAGUUCCAAGAUGUGGACUUUGCCUAUCCUACACGAUCCUCAGUCAUGGUUUUGAAGAAGUUGAAACUGAAUGCACUGUCAGGGCAAACAAUAGCCCUUGUUGGGAGUUCAGGCUGUGGCAAAUCCACCUGUAUUCAGCUCCUUGAGCGAUUUUAUGACCCCAGUCAAGGCCAAGUGUGCUUGGAUGGAGAAAAUCUGCGAGACCUGGUGAUUGGGAGCCUGCGAGCACAGAUCGGUCUGGUAUCACAGGAGCCCAUUCUCUUUGACCGCACAAUCGGAGAGAACAUCGCAUAUGGAGAUAAUGACCGCUUGGUGCAGUAUGAUGAGAUCAUCAAGGCAGCUCGCCAGGCCAACAUUCAUGACUUCAUCGUCAGUCUGCCACAGGGCUAUGAUACCAGAGUGGGUGAGAAAGGGGCUCAGCUGUCUGGUGGUCAGAAGCAGCGAGUAGCCAUCGCUCGAGCCUUGGUACGGAAUCCAGCCGUUUUACUCCUUGAUGAAGCCACUUCCGCCUUGGACAGUGAGAGUGAAAAGAAUGGUAAUUUGUGUUACAAAAAAAUUCCUUCUGAACCAAGACGACUAGUCAUAGUAGGUAGAAGGACAAAAAAAGUAAAACAAGUCCACCACGUCCUACGGGACCUACGAGCACAGCAGGGGCGCACAUGUAUCACCAUCGCUCACCGCCUGUCCACAAUUCAGAAUGCUGCCCGGAUCUUUGUUUUCCACCAAGGACAGAUUGUUGAGCAGGGCACACAUGCUGAGCUGAUGGCCCAAAAGGGCAUGUAUAAUCACCUCUAUCUGCAGGGAUCCACAGCUCCUGUCAAAUAA